UUGGUUGUUUUUAUUAUUAUUAUUAUUAUUUUCAUUCCAUUUCAUGAUUGUCUAAUAAACAACAACAACAACAACAACUCUAGUAAUGGCUUUUGGUUUCACUGCAUUCACCUAUAUAUUGGCAUUAAUUUUGGAUGCCUUUCUCAUCUUUUUCUCCGUCUUCCAUGUUAUUGCAUUUGAUGAAUUGAAAAAUGAUUUCAAAAAUCCCAUCACACAAUGCAAUACAUUGAAUCCGCUUAUAUUGCCAGAAUUUGGAAUACAUUUCUUUUUCAAUUUUUUGUUUCUAUUCUGUGGAGAAUGGCUUACUUUGAUAAUUAAUGCUCCACUUAUCGCCUAUCAUAUCCAUAGAUACAUGAAUCGUCCUGUAAUGUCAUCACCGGGUCUUUAUGAUCCAACAACCAUAAUGAAUGCUGAUCAAUUAUCCCGGGCAACGAAAGAAGGUUGGGCUAAGUUGGCAUUCUAUUUAUUGUCAUUCUUCUAUUAUCUUUAUGGUAUGAUUUAUAACCUAACGUUGACGGCUUGAAAUAUUGAACCGAGAACGAUAUGCUUAACUUUGUUUUUUAUUAUCAUCACCAUCAUUUAAAACAUUUGCACAACAACAACAAAAACAAACAUUUAAAUUCAGUUUACCAGACAGAGCAAAAGAGAGAAACAAUUGUAGCCCUGUGCAAAACAAUCAUUUGUUUUUGUAAAUAAAUAAAUAACUUUUGAUUGAUGAUUAUCAUUUAAAA